AUGGAGAGCGGCGCCGACGGGCGCCUGGAUGCCGCCGCCUUCCUCGGGGCCUGGCGGCGCUUCGACACCGACGACAAUGGCUAUAUAGAAGGGAAGGAGUUUGACGAUUUUUUUCAUCAUCUCCUGGAGAAACUGGGACCAGAAAGCACCAUCACAGAAGAAGAAGUACAGAGGAUGAAGGAGCAAUUCAUGUCUGUCUACGAUGUCACCACAGAUGGACGCUUGCAAAUCCAGGAGCUUGCAAAUAUGAUCUUGCCGGAUGAUGAGAAUUUUCUACUGCUUUUCCGACGGGAAACUCCCUUGGACAACAGCGUGGAAUUCAUGCGGAUCUGGCGCAGUUAUGAUGCUGACAGCAGUGGAUUUAUUUCAGCUGGUGAACUCAAAGAUUUCCUGCGAGAUCUCUUUUUGCAGCAUAACAAGAUGGUUGCUGAAGUAAAGCUGGAAGAAUACACUGAUACUAUGAUGAAAAUCUUUGACAAAAACAAAGAUGGACGACUGGACCUGAAUGACCUGGCAAGGAUUCUGGCACUUCAGGAAAAUUUCCUUCUACAAUUUAAGAUGGAUGCUUGCAGCCAAGAGGAAAGGAGGCGAGAUUUUGAGAAGAUCUUUGCACACUACGAUGUUAGUAAAACAGGAGCACUUGAAGGCCCAGAAGUGGAUGGGUUUGUCAAAGACAUGAUGGAACUGGUCAAGCCCAGCAUUAGCGGGGUGGACCUGGACAAGUUCCGCCAGAUCCUGCUCAACCACUGCGAUGUGAACAAGGAUGGGAAAAUUCAGAAAUCUGAACUUGCUUUGUGUCUCGGGCUGAAAAUUAACCCAUAG